AUUCAAUCAAAAUUUCACUCAAAAAGACGCCACGAAUCUAUGGAGUAACAUUGCAGUAAGUUUGAAUAACAUGACUGAUGCAACAAACACAUGGAAAAGCUGGAGAAAGUGUUGGCAAGACAUACGUUCCAGAACCAAAUGUAAAAUGAGUAUUGUCAAAACUGAGGCAAAUAGAACAGGAGGUGGCCCACUGCCUCCACUUGACAUUUUUACCGCAAUGGAAGAAGAUAUAUAUGGAAUAAUAAAAAAAGUAUCUGUGGAAGGCGAUCCAUCAGUUGAUGAAUCAACAGCAACUUUCAAAUUUGGUCACACUAAAAUUUUGCCAUUGUUUAAUUGUAGCAACUUGGAAAAUAACAAUAACUCAAUUGCCACGAAUGAAGAAAAACAGGACAAAGAUAGUGUGCCACGCACGUCUAAAAAUUCCCCACCACCUAGUACAAGUAUGCAACAACCUCAAAAUCAAUGAAAAAGAAAAAGGCGUGUUUCAAAAAAAUGGGAAUGAACAAAUCUUCGGAAUUCCUGGAGAGUAUCAUAUGGAAUAUGAUGUGUAAAAUAGUUUUAUGAAUUUUUGCAGACGACACUUGGUUGUUAGAGAAUAUAUCUUCA